AUGGCCUCCUCGACGACCACCCAUCAGCCUUCCACGGCGCCCCAGAGCCCUCCACAACACAGCAACACGUCGACGUCGCGGCCGUCGAGCACUUCAGACGCCUUGUCGUCUAGCCCCGUAGAGAUGCGAACUCUCCCAUCCUCGUCCACAACACCGCCACCCGCAAACAACACUGCGCAAUCCCCAGACACGCCCAUUACUACCCAAAUCGCCGCUACCAACCCACAUAUUGACGCCAUGGAGCCCUCAGAAGCCGCGUCACCCGCCUCGCCCACCGCCGCGAAGCCUGCGCCGCCCACUGACCUCAGCCGCUCGGAGACGGAAGCCAUAGGACCGUCGACGGAUACGCCUGCGCUCGACCCAGACAAUUCAAAUGGGCCGACGCUGGUCAUUAUGCUGCUGCUCACCACGGGUGCACGACAUCCCUACAAGAUUGACGAAAAGUAUCUCAAAAAGCGCAAUGUCACCGUUGAGGCCAUGGACCCCUAUAACAUCAGUGUAUAUACUUUGAAGGAGCUCAUCUGGCGCGAUUGGCGGGAAGGGUUAACGCAGGUUCCCCCAUUUCUUCCCGUCGCAUGCGCAAUGCACGCAAAGUGUCGCAUGACGUUCACCAUGUCUGCUGCCUUUGCCAUAUGCGGCAACAUCUCCACACCCAGUCAUGAAUGGGAAACCCGACCAACAUCCCCAAGUUCAAUACGACUGAUCCAUUUCGGCCGCAUGCUCGACGACAAAUCGCCCCUCAAAGAAUGCCGUUUCCAAACCGACACCCCCAACGUCGUGCACAUGACGGUCAAGCCGCAAGAAGUCGUCGACGACGAGGAAAACGCAAAGUCGGGCAAGGGGCCGAGUCGGAGAGAUGGCGAGGAUGAACCUACGGCGGGCUGUCGGUGCACCAUUUUAUAA